AUGGCAAAGCCACGGUAUCUGUCUGGCGACAAGGCCGCCAUUGACAGCUUCUUGGAUCAAUUCGAUGUCUUCCUCUUCGACUGCGAUGGCGUCCUCUGGUCCGGCGAUCAUCUAUUCGACAGGGUCCCUGAGACGAUCAAGAUGCUCAAGAGUAAAGGCAAGCAACUCGUCUUCGUUACCAACAACAGUACAAAGUCCCGAAUGGACUACAAAAAGAAGUUUGAUAAGCUGGGAAUACCCGCUGAGGUCGACGAAGUGUUCGGUUCGUCCUACAGCGCAGCCGUCUACAUUGCUCGCAUCCUUAAACUCCCCGCGCCGAAGAACAAGGUGUUCGUGUUGGGCGAAUCUGGCGUAGAACAAGAGCUCGAAUCCGAAGGUGUACCUUAUAUUGGUGGAACUGAUCCUGCCUACCGCCGCGAUUUCCGACAACCAGAAGACUUUGAGGCUAUUGCAAAUGGUUCGCUUCUCGAUCCUGACGUCGGCGUCGUUCUCACAGGAUUGGAUUUCCAUUCCAACUACUUGAAGACGGCGAUUGCUUUCCAGUAUCUACAACGCGGAGCGAUAUACCUUGCGACAAACAUCGACAGUACACUACCGUCUGCGCAUACCCUGUUCCCCGGGGCUGGCGCAUCUGGCGCAGGGCUGGAGAAGGCUAUCGGAAGGUCACCAUUGUCGUUGGGUAAACCCAGUCAGGCCAUGAUGGACGCAGUGGAGGGCAAGUUCAAGUUCGACCGGAGCAGAACCUGCAUGGUCGGAGACAGGCUGAACACUGAUAUUCAAUUCGGUAUCGAUGGCAAGCUGGGAGGCACGUUAGCGGUAUUGACUGGCGUAAGCAAGAAAGAGGAUUUCUUGGCCGAAGGUGCCACGACAGUUCCGACAGCAUAUGUCAACGCUUUGAGUGACUUGAUGGGCUGAGGAAUGAUAUACGCGGCUAGAGUUGUGUGAGAAGUAAAGACUAUGCGUAUAGAUGGAUCCAACUAUAGAACAAAUAGAUUAAGCCAAAA